CUCGCCCUUCGUCCCCCCAUCAUAAGAAAUCUAGCACACAACGUGUCGCCACAUUCGCGAUAUAUAACCACCGUGAGCUAGCUGGGCACUGCAAGUUCGAUCACCACGCGCACACCCACGCCACACCACGCCACGCCACUACACACGCGCACUCUGUCUUGGCCGCAACAGAGUGUCUCUGUCUCUGCCCCCAGACCGCGCGAUGCCAGCCUCCUCCUGGUUCCACAAGCUCAGGGGGAGAAGCAGAGGGAAGGGCAAGCGUUCGGCCGCGUGUCCGAGUCCCACGCGCGGCUCCUCCGCCGACGCAAUCGCAUUCAUCGCCGCCUCGGCGGAGUGGACGGGCCGACAGACAAGCCAGCACUGCCGACCACCCGCGCGCCCACCGGCGGCGUGUGCCGGCUACUCUCCCAACAGAGCCUCCUACUACUUUCCGAGCGCGGACCGGGGUGCGCUCCGGUGCAUCGCCCCGCGCGGCGCCGCAACCGACGACGGCGCGGCCUUGGACGUCCGUGUCGACGUCAUCCAUCGCCGCGCCAGCAGGCUCGGCGGGAUAAACGCGCCUCCAGCGACGCCGGAGCUCAACCUUCGGCGCAUCGUCACGAGGCCUGCCGGCAAGAACGACCCCGCGGAAAGCGUUGCCAUCAGCAGCAGCGCCAGCACCCCUACCUCGGCUGCCACGACGCCGUCCACCUGCAGGGCACGGGGGUUCCACGUGAAGCCGGCCAGCAGGCGGCGGCGGCGCGGCCACGACGACAAAAGUGCCCGGAAGGAAAAAGCAGCCGAGGACGCGGGCAGCAGGAGACGGCGGUGGCUCUACGACAGCCUGGUGGUGGUGAAGACGUCGUCGGACCCAGAGAGGGAGAUGGCGGAGAGCAUGGCGGAGAUGGUGGCGGCCAACCACAUCCGGUCAUCGGAGGACCUCGAGGAGCUGCUGACCUGCUACCUCGCUCUCAACGCCGCCGAGCAUCACCGCGCCGUCGUUGCCGCGUUCCGCCGCGUCUGGCUUCACAUCGCCGGCCAAAGAAUGCGGCACCUGCGCCACUAGUACAAGGCCACAAGCUGCCUGCACUGCAGCCGAACUACUCCUAAUCCCUAAGGGGGUGUUUGUUUCCACGAA